AUGGCCGACAACAAGACGAGCCACGAGGAGAAGAUCAGUCUCCUCAGGCAGAUGAAGUCGCUGCUGGAGCAGCGCACAGCCCAGCACGACGAGCAGAGAGACCGGGCCAACAAGGCCGAGAAAGAGAACGUUGCCCUCCGGGGCGAGAUCAAGUGGUUGUGGGAGGAGUUGACUGCUGUCCGCUCGAGAGAGCACAAUGGCCAGCAGGCCAUCUACGCCGUCGCCACCGGCUACCUCUCCGCCGCCAACGACCGCGCCGCCGCCGCCGAAGCUCGCGCAGAGAAGGCAGAGCAGGACGCCCACGUCCUGAAAGUCGCGCUCCAAGCGACAAUUGGGCGCGCCUGGGGAGGUGAUGGCCCCCAGCAGCAGCAGCAACAACAACAACAGCAACAGUAG